AUGGCCAGGCAGAAGAUGGUCAGGCAGAAGAUGGUCAAGCAGAAGAUGGUCAAGCAGAAGAUGGUCCGCCCGUCGCCAGAGAAACUCAGAUCCUCAGACGAGAAACGAUUCAAGGCAACCGAGGAAGAAGUUGAGAAGCAGCUCAGCGACCAGGACGGAGAUUAUACCCCAGACACCCACCUCUCGACGAGCAGGGACCUGUCCCGAUCCUUAACCCACUGA